AUGGUGAAGGGUACCGCUACCAAUAAUGCCAUGCCAGCUAGGAACCGGGGGAAGGGUCAAAAUAUCAACGAAGAUGGUGUUCUCAUAGUACCACCUCCAAAAUCUGUAUCCAAUAAGGAUCACAUGCAGCGACUGAACUACCUUUUCCAGGUGUCUACAUACCACACAAUGGUGGACGCAAGUGACGAAAGUCACGCCUUAUCGCGCAUAUAUAUGCGGAACCUCGAUUUGAUCCAAAAGAAGACGAAAAGCUCGCUAACGCCCGGGAUGAAGCGCCAGAUCUGCAAGCGAUGCCACAGGGUCCAAAUCCCUAUGAGAACACAGGACAUUUCAAUUGUGAACGAAAGCAAGGAACAAACUAGAAAAAGCCAGGUUUUAGAGGUGAGGUGUAGAUGCGGGUCCAAAAAGCGGUUUCCCUUUGGCCGGGAUCCAACCUACAAGACGCAUGCUGAGAAGAGUAGUCUUGUCUACAUCCAGAAGUAG